AGAAACUGAGUCUGAGUAGAGACAGGCAUUGCCCAUUUCGUGAACCUUAAUCACAUAAAGUGAGUGAGCAAGAGACAGAGAGAGUGAGGAUGGAAGCUGAAGGCCAAUGGCAAAUUUCAGAGAGAGUGGUGAAAGAGAUAUGGUGGUCAAUGGUGUUCAUAGUUGCAUGCAGCAUGAUCAUAAUAUAUGAGAAGCUUUGGCUGAGGCCACAAAGGAUCAGAUCAAUGCUUCAGAAGCAAGGCAUCAAGGGACCAAAACCUUCCUUUCCUUUUGGCAACAUUUCUGAGAUGCAACAAGUCCAUCAGCAAGCUCCUGUGUCUAUUGAGAACUUAGAUGAUUGGCUUCAUUCCCUCUUCCCAUACUUCCAUAAAUGGAAGCAACUCUAUGGUUCAAUAUUCUUGUACUCCACUGGAAUCAAACAGCAUCUAUAUGUGGGGAUACCCGAAUUAAUAAAAGGGAUAGGCCUGCAUAAGUCCUUGGAUCUAGGCAGGCCUUCAUAUCUAACCAAACCAUUGAAGCCUAUGUUGGGUGAAGGCAUCCUUAGGGCUAAUGGAGUACAUUGGACCUUCCAGAGGAAUCUGCUUGCUCCUGAGUUUUUCCUUACCAAAAUUAAGAAUAUGGUGGAUUUAAUGGAAGAAUCUACCAUGGAAAUUAUCAGAAAAUGGGAAAGCUAUAUACGAGAAAGUGAGGGGGGAAUUGCAGAGUUGGUGAUUGAUGGAGAUCUGAAAGUUCUUACAGCGGAUGUCAUUUCAAAAGCUUGUUUUGGCAGCUCCUAUGCUCAAGGCAAUUUAAUUUUUGCAAAAUUGGCCACAAUGCAAUCUGCACUUGCAAGGCCUAGUAUUCUAUUUGGAUUUCUAAACAUAAGAUUUCUUCCCACCAAGGAAAACAAAGAGACAUGGAAAUUGCAGAAAGAGGUGGACUCACUGAUCCUGAAAGUCAUCAAGGACCGUGAAGCAGAAAACCAAAAGAGUAGCACAAAUGAGAAUCAAAAGGAUCUAUUAAAUAUAAUUCUAGAAGGUGCUGCCAAUGCCACCAAUAAUGGUGAAAAGGGUAUUUUCAAGGCAGGGUAUAAUGUGAACCAGUUGAUUCUAGACAUAUGCAAAAAUAUUUACUUUGCAGGCUCUGAGAGCAGUGCUAUUGCUGUUAGUUGGACACUGAUGCUGCUGGCCUUACAUCCUCAUUGGCAACAACGUGUUAGAUCCGAGAUUAUGGAAACCUACGGUAACAUGUUGCCUCAUUCCUUUCAUGACAUGGACAAACUUCGGAAGCUAAAAGCACUAACAAUGGUGAUUCAAGAGAGUCUACGGCUUUAUGGGCCUGCAGUUACAGCCUCAAGGGAAGUGUUGGCUGAGAUGAAGUUAGGUGAACAUGUGCUACCUAAAGGCAUAAACAUGUGGUUGUUCAUACCCUCAUUGCACCGUGACACUGAUAACUGGGGACCAGAUGCUAGAGAGUUUAACCCAGAAAGGUUUGCUAGUGGUGUUUCAGCAGCUUGUAAGUAUCCACAAGCUUACAUACCAUUUGGUCUUGGGAGCCGAAUUUGCUUAGGCCAAAACUUUGCAUUGCUAGAAAUCAAGAUUGUUCUCUCUCUUCUUCUCACCAACUUUUCCUUUUCUCUUUCACCAAACUAUUGCCAUUGCCCCGUUUAUAAAAUGUUGUUAAUGCCAAAAUAUGGUGUAAGGCUUCUUGUUAGCAAGGUUAACAACACCUUCCCAUAAUUAUGGUCAUGCCCUCUUUGCUCCCAGUAUGUACCAAGACUCACUAGUUUUGUGAUUCAAUAUGCAUAAAUAAAA